AUGGAGAAAACAGAGGCCCCGGCCACCCCCGAUCUCGAAGCCCCAGACCUCCCCGCCAAAGAGUCCAGCAUCGCUCAGCGAUGGAAGGAGAAUCUGACACCCACACAUGCAGACUUGGUCUGUCUGCUCCUCACUUUCCUCACCGGCUUGUGCGAUAGCAGCGCCUACAAUGCGUGGUCAUGUUUCCUUGGAAUGCAAACCGGAAACACCAUCUUCCUCGGCCUCGGCGCUUCCAAUCAACCCAAAAACAAGCCAUGGGGCUGGCUUAAGUCCCUCAUGUCAAUCACGUCCUUCUUCGUCGGCUCGAUGAUCUUCUCGAUCGUGAUGCGCAAAGUCGGCGCUCUCCGUCGCGGAACUCUCUUCGUCUCAUUCCUCGUGCAGACCCUGCUUAUCAUCAUCGCCGUCGCGUUAAUCCAAGGCGAUCUGAUCCCCCACACCUCUGCUGACGCCACCCUAACCGGCGGCUCGCUUUUCCUCGAGUUGAUCCCGAUCGGCCUGCUGGCUUUCCAGUCCGCUGGUGGAAUGACAUGCAGUCGUGCGCUGGGCUACAAUGAGAUCCCGACCGUGGUCUUGACGAGUGUUUACUUUGAUAUUGCGUCGGAUCCGAAGCUCAUUGACAAGCCGACUACGAAUGUCAAGCGCAACCGUCGUAUCGGUGGCGUUGUGUGUCUGCUUAUCGGCGCUAUUGUCGGUGGCUGGCUGAGUCGUAGCAGUGGUGGUAUGCAGUCUGCGCUGUGGAUGGCUGCUGGUAUGAAGUUUGUUGCUGCGAUUGGGUGGUUGUUUUGGAAGGCUGCGCCGGCGAAAUAG